GGGAAGGAGAACACAUCACAGCCACAGAUCGCCAUUUAGCUGUAGUGUGGCGAAUCCCAUCAGCAUUGUAGAAUGCCUCUUGGAGAGGAUGGAAAUGGAUGGAAAAAGAAGACAUCAGACAUCAAAGAACAUUAUGACUUCAAGGAAGUGCUGGGAACGGGAGCUUUCUCCGAGGUGGUUCUAGCAGAAGAAAAGAGGACCCAGAGGCUGGUGGCCAUCAAGUGCAUCCCCAAGAAAGCAUUGGAAGGCAAAGAGAACAACAUUGAAAAUGAGAUUGCAGUACUGCACAGAAUCAAACAUCCCAACAUCGUCUCGCUGGAGGACAUCUUUGAAAGUACAUCUCACUUAUAUCUUGUCAUGCAGCUGGUAUCUGGAGGUGAACUGUUUGACAGGAUUGUGGAGAAAGGUUUCUACACAGAGAGAGAUGCCAGCCAGCUCAUCCACCAGAUUUUAGAUGCAGUCAAAUAUCUCCACGAUAUGGGGAUCGUCCACAGAGACUUGAAGCCAGAGAAUUUGCUGUAUUACAGUAUGGACGAAGAUUCCAAGAUUAUGAUCAGCGACUUUGGACUGUCAAAGAUCGAGGGAGCGGGCAGUGUCAUGUCCACAGCCUGCGGUACUCCUGGAUAUGUGGCUCCUGAGGUGCUCGCUCAGAAGCCGUACAGCAAAGCAGUGGAUUGCUGGUCCAUAGGAGUUAUUUCUUAUAUUCUGUUAUGUGGAUAUCCUCCGUUUUAUGAUGAAAAUGACGCCAAGUUAUUUGAGCAGAUUCUGAAAGCAGAGUAUGAAUUUGACUCUCCGUACUGGGAUGACAUCUCAGAUUCAGCCAAAGAUUUCAUCUGUCACCUGAUGGAGAAAGACCCUUUGAAGAGAUACACAUGUGAGCAGGCCCUCCAGCAUCCAUGGAUCUGUGGAGACACAGCUCUGGAUAAGAAUAUCCAUGAAUCUGUCAGCGCUCAAAUCAAGAAGAACUUUGCCAAAAGUAAAUGGAAGCAAGCAUUUAAUGCCACAGCAGUGGUGCGCCACAUGCGGAAGUUGCAGCUGGGCACUAGUCUCGAGGGACCCAGUCAGAUAACUCCCACCAGUCCCUGCCAUGGACAUCUGCUCCCAGAGGAAGAGGAGGAGGAGGAGGAGGACGAUGAUUUGGGGAACGGGGAGGAGGAGAGCUUGUCCCACUAUGAGGACGGCCGUCGCGGAAGCAAUGAGGGCAGCACAGAUCGGGACAGCCUGAGGAGCUGCACCUACUGCUGCAGGCCAGCCAGUCGCGUCUGAGCACAACCUCCCAUUGUUAUGGUGACAUUGUGUCCCUGGAGCGCCCAGAGCCCGCCCGCCCAGUCUGGCCAGGAAUGCAGAGUAGUUAUCAGGCAGUGUCCACCAGAGUACAUCCACAGCAGAGCAGGUCACUGUUAUGAUGUGGAGAAACAUACUGAGAUACUUGAAAGUGGAGAGUGCUUCUGGGGGUUAUGGACUCUAUAUUCUGGCUCAGACUGGGUUUGUGAAGAGUGGUUCUGACCUGGAGUGUCUGCAUGCUUCUGUCGGGGAAAACAUAGAAAUGUGCCAGCCACAGUACAACCCAUGGAAAAAAAAAAAAAUCAUGGUGCUGGAAACAUCACCUGUCUGCCAGUGUGCAAGCUCUACAUUUGUCCUCCUGAGUAAAAAGGACUACAGUGCUAAAGCCAUACAGGGAAGUGGGAAUGUUUUGCUGUAGACUCAGAUGUGUCGUCCCGAGACUCGGACGAAGACUGCAAGAGAUUGAACAUAGUAAAGAAGGAUGAGACAACUAGCUGAAAGUAAUUUAAUCAUGAUAUUAAUCAUACCAUACCAUUAUUAGUUUAAGGUAUGUCAUAACAUAAUAUUGUAUUAUUAGUCAGCUGUAGGGAACCAGUCCAUGACAUUUUGUUGAAUUUGACUGAAUUUUGUUGCCCACAUUGAACCAAUUCCCUCGAUCUGUCAUUGAUACAUACAGGUACAUAGUACAGUAAAAGGGGGCAAUUACUCUGGAUUUACAUGACUGUAAUUGUGGAAAAUAUGCAAACUGUGUGUGAAGGGCUUCAUGUUAACUGUUAGCUAGCCAAUGUUGAUGACUUUGAUAACCUGGCUAUUAUUUGUUUGGUAAUGACCUUCUGUUGAACCUUUCCUGGGAUUUGUUUCCACUUGGCUGUUUUUUUUUCUUUUUCUUUUUUUUUUUUUUUUAAAAAAAAAAAGCUUAUUUUACCCAUUACAAACACAU